AUGGCUGAUUUGCCCGUUUUUUCAGUCGAUUCGCAUUGUGUGGCGAAGCCUCGGCGGAGAGGCGAGAGGGAGCGAAGUAGAAACUGGCCGGAGUGCAGCAAGCUGCCGUGGGUGUGGAUCGAAGCCGCAGAGUGUGCCAUCGUGGGAAGGCCGCGGACUGCCGCCGCAGCAGCGUUGGCUGCAGUUUCCGGCAUUGCCCGCUGCCGAAUUCGCCCACAGCUCCCAUUUAAAGCACAAGACCCCCGCUGCUGCCCUUCGCGGCUCCAGCGGAACUCAACUAAGAGCUCGGGCUGCGGAGCCGGGCCUGCGGCGGCCUUUCCCCGCAGCAGAUUCCCUCCCAAGAGAGCUGCUGCUGCAGCAGCUGCAGCAGCUGCAGCAGCUGCAGCAGCUGGGCCGAGGAGCCCUGCUGCAGCAGCUGAGCCGAGCUCCUGCGCUGCAGCAGCAGGGCCCGGCACAGCGCUCCAGCAGCAGGUCUCAGCCGCGCGCCGCAGCAGCAGGCGUGGGGGGAUCGCCGCCGCAGCAGCCGCAGCAGCAGCAGCAGCAGCAGCAGCAGCAGCAAUGCCGAUUCACCGGCUGAGCAGCGGGUACAGCGGGUACCUGUCGGGGGCCUCCGAGGCCAGCGACCAGCCCCGCAGCAACACUUUCUACGGCCGCCUCGGCUCCACCGUGCGCGACCGCAGCCACGAAGUGACUCCCAGCCGCCGCGUUUCUUUUUCGCAACUUUCUGCCCUCCGGAAGAUCUGCGUGCGACUCACUUACGAUGAAGACGCCUACCCCGGAGGAAUCGACAUUGACAUGUUUGCCCUUUUGUUUGAUAACGCCUGCGCCUUCGUGGACUGCAUAUUCUACAAACACCCCGAAGACGCCAGCGGCAGUUUUUGUCUUAACCAAAAAACGCAUUCGCUCGCAGUGGAUCUCGAGGCUGUCCCCGACUCCUGCCACACAAUAGUGUUGGCUGCUGCGGUCUACACCACUGGCCUGUCCAUUGCGGGUCCGCUGCUGCUGCUGCUGCUGCUGCUGGUGCUGCUGCUGCUGCUGCUGGUGCUGCUGCUGCUGCUGGACGGUUGCUGCUUGGCGGCUGCUGCUUGGCGGUUGCUGCUUGGUUUGUUGCUGCUGGACCAGUUGCUGCUGGGUCAGUUGCUGCUGGAGCAGUUGCUGCUGGAGCAGUUGCUGCUGCGUGAGCUGCUGCGGCAGCUGCUGCAGCAGUUGCUGCAGCAGCUGCUGCAGCUGCUGCAGCAACUGGAGGGUCCCGCUGCAGCGGCGGGGAGGCUGCAGCAGGUUGUGAGCUGCGGCGGCGAAUUUGCUGCAGAGCUGGAGGGGGGGCUGAUUGAGAUCUGCGAAGGCUUUAUGGGCCCCGUUUUGUUUUCCAUUCCUCUUCAAUCUCUCGAAGUUAAUCUCGAAGAAGCGGCGGACUCUGCGGGAGUUUUGUUUUUCAGUCUUUCGGAGUUCGGGGGGAAGUGGCGCUGCCGCCGCCUCGAGCGGCUCAGCAAGCCCGAGCUGCCUUCGCUGAUGAAGGAGGAGGCCCAGCAGAUCGAAGAGGACUUCGCUUUGGGAAACCUCAAGAACCUCCGAACUCUCGACUACGUGGCCCGAGCUGCCGAAAGCUCGCCCAGCAUGCGCUCCACCUCCAGCGGCAGCCGCGAAGCCCAAAAAAUGAACUUUUCGAUAAAUUCGGAAAAACUUGAAAAGCUGCAAAGUCGCCUCUCGGCCUUGCGAGGCGGCUCCAGCUCCAGCGGAGAAGGCACAAACACUGAGGCCCGUCUGUCGGCCUUAGAAGAUGAGCAAAAGCGGCUUUCGCGGCAGCUCAACAAAAUAGAAGACAAAUUGGAUUUGCUGCUGGAGGGGCUGCAGGGCUAG